UUGCUUUUUUCCCCAUUCUCCCUCUUCUCCUCCCACCUGUUCCCCUCCCAUUCGUUCCACUUCCACUAGAACUAUGACUCCAAUUAUUGAUACGAAAAAUGUACCACAAAUUGCUGCCAUAACGACCAGCGCAGCAGUAGGAAUGCUCGGCUUGCUUGCUAUCAAGUAUAACGACCGUGCUAUCUUUGAUGAAAGACGUACAGACCUUCCUUUCAUCACCGGAGAGCCUUUAAUUGGUACUCUUGGCAUGCAACUGCGUAAUAAAGACCAGCUCUAUGAAUAUCAAACGUAUACGUUGGAAAGAUUAGAUACUUUAACAGCCACGGAGUCUGCGUUCGGUCUUCCACCAUCCAUUACGACAUUAUCUCCAGCUAAUGUGGAACACUUUUUAAAGACAAACUUCGGAAAUUAUAUCAAGGGCCAGCAAAUGAGAGAUGCAAUGGGCGAUCUUUUUGGACACGGUAUCUUCGUCGCGAACGGUGACCAAUGGCGAUACCAAAGAAAAGCAGCCAGUUUGAUCUUUAACGUCAAGAACUUCAAGGACCAUUUCGUUGAUGUGUUUGUUAAGGAAGUCUUUGUAAUGACAAGCCGUAUUUUUGACAAGAAGGCGGAUAAUGGCAAACCUGUUGAUUUCCAUGACGUCAUGUACAAGUUUACUUUGGACUCGUUUGUCGAAAUCGGUUUUGGUGUCCAACUUAACGCGCUUGCCAGCAAGGAUAAAGUGUCUUUUGCAGAUUCAUUUGACCAAUGUCAAGCUAACUGCAUGGAUCGAUUCAUCAACCCCUUUAUGCCUAUUAUUGAACGUUUACAACCUAUUUUACAUCCACGCACGCGAUCGGUUCGUGGUCAUUUGAAGGUGGUUGAUAAUUUUGCAUACAAAAUUAUUGGCGAACGUCGUAAACAAAUUGACCAAGGUGGCGAUGAUUUUAAGGAUCUUUUGUCCCGUUUCAUGAGUGCCAGGAAUGAAAAUGGCAAAACAUUGAAUGAUAAAGAGUUACGGGAUACUGUACUUAAUUUCAUCAUUGCGGGUCGUGACACGACAGCCCAGGCAUUAUCUUGGACGUUUUACAAUUUAAUGUUACAUCCACGUGUGGAAGCCAAACUGCUUCAGGAAAUUAAUGAAAAAGUCCGGGAUGAACAUGAACUGGAUACCCCAGCCUUGUAUAGUGUUAUUGGCACCCUGACCUAUGCCCAUGCAGUGUUUUAUGAGGUCCUUCGGUUGUAUCCUUCAGUCCCGUCCAACAUCAAAGUAGCACUUGAAGACGACGUCUGGCCUGACGGAACGCAUGUUCGCAAAGGAGACUCUGUGGUUUGGUCACCUUAUAGUCAAGGUCGUUCGACGAAGGUUUGGGGUCCCGAUGCCAAGGAUUUCAAGCCUGAACGGUGGUUAGAUGAACACGGCAAUUUACGUCGAGAGUCUGCUGGUCAAUGGCCAGCUUUUCAUGCGGGACCAAGAAUCUGCUUAGGCCAACAACUCGCGACGCUGGAGGCAAUCGUUGCUAUCGUCAUGUUGCUUAGAAGAUACAAGUUCUCGCUCGCACAUGAUCAGGAAAUUACCUAUAUGAUCUCGCUCACAAUGCCAAUGAAGUCUGGUCUUCAAGUUUUUGUUGAGCGACGCUAAAUAGUUUCCUAUUCGGUUAUUUAGCAACACUUUUAUACCACAACCACCAUGGCUUUCGUAUGUGCCAUUGUAUUACAAAUAAUUAUGAAUGUAUUACCACAGUUCCAAACCAUUUUCCGUAAAACUGUACAUUGGGAGCUGCUUGCGCUAUGUUA